CUGUUGGUUCACUCAGAUUCUCCCUCUCCAGUCUCCAUCUCUCUCUCUCUCUCUCUCUCUCUCUUAAUGCGCAUGUUCGUAAGUUACGACUGAAAGCUAGCUCAGCUACGUCUCCGGUCCAGCCCUUACAAGAAAGAAAGGCGGAGGAAGGGAGAUUUUUUCUGUUUUAUCUGUUCAACAAUGGUUCUAGGACUGAGGGCCAAAACUCAUAGGAGCCCCUCAAUUCAGGCUGAUUAUCUAAUCCACAUUCACGAGAUUAAGCCUUGGCCUCCCUCUCACUCACUGAGGACACUCAAAGCUGUUUUCAUUCAAUGGGAACAUGGCGAGAGGAACAACGCAGGUUCCACUAAUCAAGUUGUCCCAUCACUAGGAAUUGGCUCUGGUGUGAGUGAUGGAAGAAUUGAAUUCAACGAGUCUUUUAGACUUCCAGUCAUACUAACAAGGGAAAUUUCUGUUAAAGGAGGACGGGAUGUGGAUACCUUCCAGAAAAAUUGCAUCCACUUCAGUUUAUAUGAACCACGACAUGAUAAGAUGGCAAAGGGUCAGCUGUUAGGAACUGCCACUGUAGAUCUGGCAGUUUAUGGGAUUAUAAAAGCAAGAAUGAGCAUAACUGCCCCCAUUAACUGCAAGCGGAGCUAUAGGAACACUGCACAACCUUUGAUCUUCCUUAAAAUUCAGCCAGUUGAGAAGGUUCAGAUGAGGUCAUUGUUAAGGGAUGGCUUAAUGAGAGAAGCAUCAUUGGACAGGAAUGUUACUGAAUCUGUUUCUACAUUGAUGAGUGAAGAAUAUGCAGAGGAAGCUGAGACUGCCUCUUUCACAGAUGAUGAUGUCUCCUCACACUCAUCAUUGCCAUUUACUUAUUCUGCUGCUGAAUCAAACUGCAGUUCACCCCAGAAGGAGAAUGGAUCUGAGGUUGUGAAAAAUAUCCCCGCUAAAGAAGAAGAGCAAAUAUCCCCACUUGUGAGUUUGAGAAUGAGCUCAUCUUGCUCCCAGUCAAAAGAUUUGUCAUCUGAUCUAGCAUGGAUCUCAAGGAAAGUUGUAACCCACAGCACUAUUCAAUCUGCAACUCCUUAUAAGAAGGAUAAUGCGAUGGAAGACAUUAAGAAUACUGAUGUGAAAUCCAGCCACGAAGAUCAAGCGAAGGGUUUUGAGGUUGAAGUGAUCAAUGGUGAUAAUAGGAGUCAAAAACCUAGUGAACAAAGUACUAAUAUAAGCCCAUAUAGCACCUACCCAGCUGAUGAAGCCUAUUCAGUUUCACAUGUAAACAUAGAUUAUAAUACAAGCCUCUUGAACUCUGUUGGCGAUAUCAUCAAUGCAGAGAUUGAUGAGAACAUGCCCACCCCCUGUGUAAAACUUACACAGGAGGCUGCAAGAACUGAUGUUGACAGUAAUGGUUUAGCUGUGGGUAGAAACAGAGAGGAUCAUCAAGAAAUUGCACAAGAACUAGUAAUAUUAAACUGGGUUAAUGAUGAAGAAGUCAUAAUAGAGGAAGGGAAAGGCUCAGAUGAUGAGCCAGUAAAUAUUUCUUUGCAAGAUGAUACCAUAAAGCAAGCAUUAGAAGAAAAUAAUGCAAUUUCUUAUUGUAGAGAAAGUUUAGGAACAAAGAGUAUUGCCCCCAACAAUGAGAGAUUUUAUUAUGUGAAGUCUGUACGGUCUAUGGGAAAAUCAAAUAGAGGUAAUGGAUCUCCUGGAAGUAAUCAAUUUGUCUCACACAACACUCAGAGUGGCACUGGAGGUUUCACUGGGAAUGGUGCUAAGUUUCAUUCAAUGGAAACAACGAACAUCGUUCUGGAAAGUAAAAUCCAAAAGUUGAAGGAAAGGGUACAGAUGCUUGAAGGAGAGCUGAGAGAAGCUGCUGCUAUUGAGGUUGGUUUGUACUCUGUGGUUGCAGAGCAUGGAAGUUCCUUAAAUAAGGUCCAUGCUCCAGCUCGACGCCUAUCUAGGUUUUAUCUUCAUGCCUGUAAAGAAAAUUCCGUGUUAAGGAGAGGAAGUGCAGCUAGAAGUGCCAUCUCUGGAUUGAUUUUGGUCUCAAAAGCAUGUGGAAAUGAUGUUCCCAGAUUGACAUUCUGGUUGUCAAAUUGUGUUAUGCUGAGAGCUACUUUAAGCGAAUUCUUUGAAAAGACCAUGUUCGAGAUAAAAAAGAAGUCAUCUCCACCUAAGUGGCUGUUCUUUCCCAGCAAGAGUCUUGGAAGCGACCUUCAUGGGAGUUAUGAAGAAUGGGAGGCCCCUCAUACAUUUAUCAGAGAGCUUGAAAAAGUUGAAGCUUGGAUCUUCUCUCGAAUAGUUGAGUCUAUUUGGUGGCAGACUUUCACUCUACAUAUGCAGCCUGGUUCUGCCAAGGCAUUAAGUAGAAGCAUGGAGUCUGAGAUAAGCAAAAUCUAUCAAAGAACUUCUAGUUCAGGUGAUGAAGAGCAAGGGAAAUUUUCUUUGGAGCUUUGGAAAAAGGCCUUCAGGGAUGCCUGUGAAAAGAUUUGUCCUGUUCGAGCUGGAGGGAAUGAGUGUGGAUGUCUGCAUCUUCUUUCUAAACUGAUCAUGGAGCAAUGUGUUGCUAGGUUGGAUGUGGCUAUGUUCAAUGCUAUACUUAGAGAGUCUGCUGAUGAGAUCCCAGCAGAUCCUGUAUCUGAUCCUAUUAGUGAUGCUAGGGUUUUGCCAAUUUCCACUGGAAAAGCUAGCUUUGGGGCUGGUGCACAAAUGAAAAAUGUGGUUGGGAAUUGGUUGAGAUGGCUGACUGAUCUAUUUGAUAUUAAUGAUGGUUGCUUACCUGAGGAUGAGAAUAAUGUAGAAGAUAUUAAUGACAGAAGAGAAAACGGUGCAUCCUUUAAGCCUUUCCAUCUUCUAAAUGCAUUGAGUGACCUCAUGAUGCUUCCAAAGGAUAUGCUACUAAGUAGUGCAAUCAGAAAAGAGGUGUGCCCUAUGUUUGGUCCUCCAUUAAUAAGAAGGGUUCUUGAUGCUUUUGUCCCUGAUGAAUUCUGCCCAGACCCAAUACCUGAUGUUGUCCUUGAAGACCUCACUUCAGAGGAUCACUUUGAGGUUGAGGAAGAAACUGUGAUGAACUUACCUUACCCAGCUGCUCCAAUCCAAUAUGUGCCACCUUCAGCAGCUUCGGUUACUGAUUUCUUUGAUGGUGUCACUGGUUUUUCUCAAUUGAGAAGUAUUCAAUCUUCACUGCUCAAUAAAUCUUGUACGAGUGAUGAUGAAUUAGAUGAAUUGGACUCACCUUUGAGUUUCAUAUUAACUGAUUGCACGAACAAAACAGUGUCUUUGACAAAACCCAGUUGGAUAUCAAGAGGAAGUGUGAAUCAUAAUGCUGUCAGGAGGUAUCAACUCCUUCGGGAGGUAUGGACAAGUGCUGAGUAAUAAGCAAAUGGAUCAUAGCAAUUUGAUUUGCAUCUUCACUCUAGUGGUAGAGGGCUUCUCAAUAAAUCUUGUAUGAGUGAUGAUGAAUUGGACUCACCUUGAGUUUCAUCUUAACUGAUUGCACGAACGAAACAGUGUCUUUGGCAAAACCCAGUUGGAUAUCAAGAGGAAGUGCGAAUCAUAAUGCUGUCACUCUGUCAGGUAUCAACUCCUUCAGGAGGUAUGGACAAGUGCUGCUGAGUAAUAAGCAAAUGGAUCAUAGCCAUUUGAUUUGCAUCUUCACUCUAGUAGUAGAGGGCUCAAGGUGCUACUACAUAAGUAGAGGAAUUAACCAUAGGCUUUCUCCUUGUAAGCGGAAGGCAAAUGUAGUUAGAUUUUAAUGUAGUAAGGCUUCUCUUUCUUUAGUUAAUAGAAGCAUUUUGCAUUUUGUGUGGAAA